AUGGUGGCUGCCGCAGCGGCGGCCAACGCGCCAGAUCCGGCCCGCACCUCGCGCCCGCCGCUCACGCCGGCGCUCGACAAGCCCAACUCCGGCGCCGCCCUGCGCCGCCCCGCGCGCUCCACCAAGCCCGUCUCCUCGCGCUACCUCGCCUCCGCCGCCUCCCCGGCCUCCUCCACCUCCUCCACGUCCUCCUCCUCCUCCUCCUCCGCCCCCGCCUCCUCGCGCCGCUCCGUCUCCGCGCAGCGCGGGCGGUCCUCCACGCCCCCGCCGCCGCAGCACGCCACGUCGCCCACGCCACCCGCGGCGGCGGCGGCGGUGACGGCCACCACGAUGCGGAGCCUCUCGGUGUCCUUCCAGGGGGAGUCCUUCUUCUACCAGACGUCGCGCGCGCCGCGGGCCGCGUCGCCGUCCUCCCCCGGCGGCGGCGGCGGCCGGCGCGGGCCCACGCCGGAGCGGCGCAAGAGCGUGUCCUCCGUGCCCGAGGCCGAGAACGCGCGGCCCCAGCACCGGUGGCCCGCCGCCAGGCCCAAGGCGUCGGACCCGCUCGCGCGCAGCCUCGACUGCAACCUCGACCGCAAGGACUCCAUCCUCGCCGCGGUCCAGCUCCUCCGCCGAUCCAUGGCGUUCGACUCCACCUCCUCCCUCUCCCCCUCCGACCCGGCCGUUGCCGGCGCUCCCGACCUCUCCGCCUCGUCCGACACCGACAGCGUCUCCUCCGGCAGCAACUCGGGGGCCGGCGAUCCGCCACGCCGCGGCAUCAGCGUUCCGGCGCGGUUCUGGCAGGAGACCAACAGCCGCCUGCGACGGCUUCCGGAUGCAGGGCUGCCGCUACCGUCGUCUUCAGGAAGGAGGUCGUUCUCGGACAGCCCAAUGUCACCGAGGCUGCCUGGCCGGUCACCGUCUCCGAGCCGAGGAAGCAGGGGGAUGGCGAGCCCAUCCAAAGGGCGAGGUGGAGAGGCAUCACCAAACGGGCACAUUGUUCAGACGGCGGCAAAUGCUCCAUCUAUCAUUAGCUUUGCUGCGGAGGUCAGGAGGGCCAAGAAAGGGGAGAACAGGAUUGAGGAGGCACACAGGUUGCGGAUGCUGGACAACCAGCAUUUGCAGUGGCGGUGCAUCAAUGCUCGGACGGAUGCAACGCUCCUGGUACAGAGCUUCACUGCCGAGAAAACCCUACACAGUGCAUGGAAGGAAAUAUCAAAAUUGCGUGACAAUGUCAGUUCAAAAAGGUGCAAACUCCAGCUUCAAAAACAAAAACUGAAGCUGUUUGCUAUUCUUAGGGGAGAGAUAUCAUAUCUAGAGGAGUGGUCUCAUGUUGAAAAACAUCAUUCAAGCUCUUUGUUAGCAGCGAUUGAAGCAUUGAAGGCUAGUACUCUCCGUCUUCCGGUUGUUGGUGGUGCAAAGGUUGAUGCCCAAUGUGUGAAGGAAGCUGUUAACUCAGCAGUGGAUGUAAUGCAUACAAUGACAUCCUCAAUGUCUAAUUUGUUGUCAAAGGUGGAGGGGACAAGCUCUGUGGUGUAUGAGCUUGCGAAACUCGCAACGCAGGAGCAAAUGUUGUUGGACCAAUCAAGAGACCUCUUGUCCACGGUGGCAGCAAUACAUGUCAAACAGUGUAGCUUGAAAACUCACAUGCUACAACGAAAGCAAAGGCAGAGCCAAACCCAGUGGUAGAUCAGAUUUUCACUAACAUGACACUGAUGACACGGCCUCGUCUUUCCCUCACUGGAGACCGCUACAGGUAAUAAAGCUGGUAACCAAUUCGUUGGGUGUGAAGAGUGUUCUAAUCUGCUUGAUCCUGCUGAGUGUAGCUGAUUCAUGUAAUUUUUUUGAGUGCAUAUCUCCAUAGAAUGGCCCCUCUUUCUUACCUGCAGCCGUUGCGGUGGAUGUAUACAGAGAACCCUAGUGUUGACCAAAGAUAAGCUUCCAUGUAGAUAUGAAAAAAGCUUGUUUGCGUGUGCUGAGUGAGUGCUGGAGUGUUUGACGAGUGUUUGUAUUGUGGAAUGGAAACAACUGUCAGUUUGAUAUAGGCGUUUUCAUGGGAAA